CUCGUUACUUGGAUCUAUUAUUUACUUUUUAUUUACUGUAUUUUUGGUUAAUUAUUUGGUUCAAAAUGAACUCACAAAAUGAUUCUGAUUGCUUUGAGAUGGACGAAGCUACACAGUCUCUCGAAUCGAUUGCUUCGUUGACUCAAAAGAUUAAUUUUUUGGAAAUCAUGAUUCAACAUUUGAAUACUAGAGUCUCCAUAUUAGAAGGGAAGGAGCUUAUUCAUGGAAAUGUCAUGGCCACGGCUGCUCAAGAUUAUCCGGUUUCAUGGAAUCUUAAAACUCCAAAAGACUACAUUGUUUACGCCGAAAAGAAAAUUCAUAAUCUUAAACAUGACAAUGAGUGGAGGAAAAAUUUUCUUACAAUCAAUUUUGAUGGUGUCACAAGUGAAAAUAAAGAAAGAAUAUUGCAAAGCAUCAAUAAAUCAAGAAUAUCAAUCUCUCAUAUUGUUAACACGAUAGCCAAGGAGACAAUCGGAAUAAAUAUUCUAUCAACUCAUAGCCUCGGAUCUCAUGGUAUGGCCAUAAUAAAUUCAAGUCCAGGGAAAGCUUCUCGACCAACUAUCGAUGAAACAUUGGAAAAUAAACUGCGAUCAGUUGUUGGUUUCAUUGAUCAAAUAUUUGUGAGCAGAGAUGGUUGGGAAUACCUAGUCAGGAGGCCAGUUAAUCAAAUGGGCCGUGAGUUCAAAUCAGGAAAAAGAUCACUUGAAGAAUCAUUCACUGGCACAAGUAAAUCAACAGCAAUCGGAAAAGAUGGACAUAAUAUGGCCAUAAGUAACCCAUCAACACCCAUUAUUGAUAAAACAACGUCUUCAAAUGCAGAGACAACAUCUUUAUCAAGAUAUUUUUCUAGAAAUGAUGGUCUAAAUAGAUUACAAAAUAUAAAUCAAAUAUACAAUCGCCCCGAGUCUGGCUUAUUACCAAGAGCAUUGUUUCAUCGUGGCGAAGAAAGCGAAAAAGACAAGGAACGCCAAGGAACUCGGAGCUUAACAAAUAGAACAUUCAUUUAGUUUCCUCUACUCAUUUUAAGUUCACCACAAUAUGGCCAUGAGCAAAACAUAAUUUUUACUGCCAUAAAUUUCAAAUAUUUAUUUGUAUUCUUACUCCUUCAAUAACAUGAUUCCAAUGAAAGCCCUAUUAUUACAAUUACAUGUCCAUUCAGGCUUCAUAUCAAUUUUUGUUC